CCUCGUUCAGGCAAAAAGUCAACUACACCAACGGGGGAAAAAAGCAACUCCGCAGGACACAAAAGGAGAAAAUAAAACAGACACAAUGCAGACACAUUCCCUCGAUGGUGUGUGAAACAGCCGCAGAAACAGAUAACGCAACAUCCCAGCCGUCAAGGCCAUUCUUUGCUAUCUUCCAUUCAUGUGUUGGCAACAAAUAGCUUCUGCUUGCAGACUUAACUCGGACCCAGAUAGCUGCAGAGCCAGACUAAUAUGCGUUAGAAUAAAGUAAGUCACGGGAGAGAUUGAAUUUUCUGGGGCUAAUUGCACCUCCGUCUUUUAUAGAAACUCGGUGCCUUCUCUGAACCGGUCCAAGUCGUCAGACUUCUGCUUUAGUUGUUACUCGUGGAAGGUGUUUUGCGCCCAAGAGUGUCAAGUGUUUGUGAAAACAGUACAGCCAUGGCGUCCUGUGCUCUCUUUAUCCUGGGCCCUCUGUGGAUCCACGUUUUGACACAGGCCUGCAGCGGAGAGGAGCUGUCCCGGGAAGCGGUGUUGUCCUGGUUCAGAGAGCGGGUUCUGGAGGGCCUCGGGCUGGAGGAGCCUCCUCUAGCGCACGGUCCCGACAGGGACAUGGCCCAGCCCGAAGCAAGGCACGCACCCCGGAGGGCCCCCAGGACAAGCAGGACAGCGUGGGUCAACCAUCAAAGCGGUCCGACCAAAGAAACAUCUGAAAUUAUUCUCUUUCCCGGCUCUGACUCAUCCUGUGCCAGACCUGACUCAGCUCCGGGAGGAACCUCCAACAGCCACUUCACAUAUUACUUCCAGCCCUCCACCAACAACCACGAGACCCUAGUCACAUCUGCCCACUUCUGGUUCUAUGCGGGCGAAGGAGCCGCGGCCAACUCCUCUGCCCAGCUGUUCGUUCUCACCGCAGCGCAGAAGCUUCUUCGGGCGGCCGAGGCUCCAUCCAAGACGAGCUCGGAUGGAUGGACCACCUACCACCUGGAUCAAACCCUGCUCGCCUCUCUGCGCGAGGGCCCUUUUCUGCUCCAGGUCCGCUGUCCAGCCUGCCAGUGCCGCGCCAACGAGCCAGACAAGACGCCCUUCCUUAACCUCCACGCUGAGCCUCGUGGUCCCGUCCGCUCCCCCCGCCACGCGCCGCUGACCAUUCCCUGGUCUCUUUCUGCCAUCGACCUGCUCCGGCGGCCCUCUCGGGAGAGACCCCAGCACGACGACUGCCACAGAGCUGAGAUUGAAAUCAGCUUCGAGGAGCUGGGCUGGGACAACUGGAUCGUCCAUCCAAAGAUGCUGACUUUCUACUACUGUCACGGGAACUGCUCCGCCCGGGAUCGAACCGCCGCCAUGCUGGGGAUCACGCAGUGCUGCGCUCCGGUCCCCGGGACCAUGAAGUCCCUGAGGAUCACCACAACAUCUGACGGCUGCUACUCGUUCAAGUACGAGACCUUGCCCAACAUCAUACCUGAAGAGUGUUCUUGUAUCUGAACAUUUUAGCUUAAAAGAGCCAGUUCUCCCAAAUGACAAAAAAAAUAAAAUGACAUGUAUUGUUUACUUAUCUGCUAUCUCGCAAAGCUGUCAUUUCUGGUUUUAUGUGCUGAGGUUUUUUGAGAUUUCUGGCUCCAAUUUGAACUAACUGCUACCAAAGAAUUAGUCCCCUCUGAAAACUGUCCACAGCAAGUCUGGAAAAUCUGAAGCACAUAAAACGUCAGAUACAACUUAGUUAGAAAAAGUGGUCUAAUUUGUGUGAAUAGAACCUUUAAAGCUCUGCUUUUUAAUGCCACUUGCUAAUCACAUGCUUUGAUUUAGGUACGGUAAGUAGAAAGUGCAAGGCCGAGCCUCGGGCUGUUGGGAUUCCGACCUUUAGAGGGCAGUGUAAUACUACUUUUCCACUGUAUCACUUAAAUACCUUCAUAUACAGCCUGACUGCUAGUAACUACAAUAUGAUAAAGAAUUGAUUUGAACAUGGAACUCUUGCGUCCUGUAAAUUCCAGACAUUUCAUUGUUUAAGCUCCGGAUUCAUAUCUUUAAAAAAAAAAAAAAAAAAAAAAAAGUGCUGCAACUUUACCACAGAAAGAAGCAAGCCUAUAAAAUACUUUUCAAAUAUAUUUAUUUACUCUGAAGACAAAAUAAUCUCUACAGUUACAAAAACUACAAAACUGGCAAUAGAAAAAAAAAAAAAAAACAUUGAAAUACCAUAUUCAAAACGGAAUGUCGUACCUUGCAAUAAGUAGCAAAAGUGGAAGUGAGAUGAUUACAAAAAAAAAUAAAAUAAAAAAAUACAGCAUCAAACA